UCUAUUCCGCCAUAUUGGAAAUACAGAUAAAGUAGUGAGCGUCUCUAGCAAUAAGUGAAGUAGAUAACUGAUUUAUCAUAAUUUACAACAAAAUGAAAACUUAUAGUCGGAAGAAAUCCGGAGAGGCUCAGGACGUGAUCUUAGAUUUGAACGAAUUAUGUCGAUUAUGUAUGGCAAAAGAGGACGAAUUAGUACCCAUUUUCAACAGCGACGAGCCGAUCCCUUUGACCCUCCGUAUAAUGGCUUGUGUCGCCCUCGAGGUUUUCGAAGGCGAUGGCCUACCUAACAAGAUCUGCCAUCCGUGCAAAUUCCAACUGGAAAAAUCGUACAAUUUUCGGAAAAAAUGCGAAAACUCUGAUAUGAAACUGAGGCAACAUUUGAAGAGUCUCCAGGCUAAAAUCGGAGACGUCGAUUUGAGCGUUUCAGGGGAGAGCGAACCGGCAGUCGAGGAAGUGCAAGAGAAGGAAGAGGAGGAAACCAAGGAGCCAAGCACGGAAGAAGACUUGGUUGGGGUCACCCAGGUGGCCUAUAUCCAACCGGACCCCGAGCCUGAAGACGACCCCGAAAGCAUCACUUUACCAGCAGAUGCCGACGUCGUGAAUAAAGACGCUUGCACUUUGAAAUCACUCAAAAGAGAAGUGAUGGACGUCGAGGAGAAUGAAGGUGACGGAGUCAUUUUCGUAGACGAGGCAAGCCAAGAAAUGGAAGAUACGAGCUACGACGCGAUUGCGGACGCCGUUAAAGCCACUCUUGCCACACAACCAGGUUUUGAUGUGUCGGGCCAGCUCCAAAUGAAGAUCAUCCCCACGGAAGGCAAGUUGACCCAAGUGGAGGUCACCACUGAGAACGGCACAGUCAUCGUCAUGGAACUGACGACGGAAGAGGAGGCCGAAGCGCCCCAAAUGAGCUCCACGGUGCCUGAAGUUAACGAAGAAGGUGAAUUGAAGAUCUUCAAGUGUCCCCAAUGUCCGAAAUCUUUCGCACGGAGGAUUCAGCUGCGGAGGCAUGCCUCGGUUCAUAUGCAGCAGAGGGGUUUCAGUUGCGGAAUGUGCGAGAAGUGGUUUCCUACUAGAUCGGCUUUGGUGCGUCACGAGAGGAUUCAUACAGGGGAAAGGCCCUUCCAGUGUGAGAUUUGUCAGAAGAGUUUUGCCCAAAAGGAGAUCUUGUAUCGGCAUUUGAUGACACAUUCGGGGCAAAAACCCUACAAUUGCACCCAUUGUAAUAAAGGUUUUACGCAGAGGGAGCCACUGAGGAUCCACCUGAGGACUCAUAUGUCGGAAGGCUCGCAUGACAUCAAUUUACACUAUUGCUCCUUGUGUCCUAAAGUAUUUUGUCAUGCGUCGGGGUUGAGUCGGCAUUUGGUCACUCACACGGGGAAGACUUUCAAAUGUAGAGAUUGUGAUAGGUCGUUCACGGAUAAGUCGUCGCUAAGGAGGCAUCACAAACAAACACUGCAUCAACCGUAGAUUAGGCUUUUAUCGAAUUUUUGUGGCUAUAUAUUUUCUUUAGAAAUAUACUCUUAUAUCACA